GCCCGGUCCUCCGAUCCGGCGGAUUGGCGGGGCGCGCAUGCGCCCAACAGCCCCCCCUCCCGUCGAGCACGCCGAGGAAUCGCCGAGAAGGAAGGCGGGUGGCCCGGCCGGGGAAGCCGGAUCGAGUGUGUGAGCGAGCGGCUGCUGGCAGUGAGCCCCGGGCCCCCCUUCCCUCCCUACUACCGCUUCGCCAUGUCCGAGUUCGACGAGUUCGAGAAGCAGCUUCAUGAGAAUCGCCAGGAACGUGAUAAAGAAAACCGACACAAGAAGAAAAGUCGAAGCCGCUCCCGGAGCCGUGAUCGGAAGCGGCGUAGUCGGAGUAGGGAUCGAGGCAACCGGGACAGGCGGAGUGGCUCACGGGACCGCCGGCGACGGAGCCGAUCUCCACGGCGCGUGCAGAAGAAGAAACCCUACAAGUACUGGGACGUCCCACCACCUGGCUUUGAACACAUCACGCCCAUGCAGUACAAAGCAAUGCAAGCGGCAGGUCAGAUUCCAGCAACAGCGCUGCUUCCCACAGUCACCCCUGACGGGCUCGCCGUCACCCCAACACAAGUACCCGUCGUGGGUAGUCAAAUGACCAGACAGGCCAGGCGGCUCUACGUGGGAAACAUCCCGUUCGGAGUGACUGAGGAGGCGAUGGCAGACUUCUUCAAUGCGCAGAUGCGUUUGGCUGCCCUCUCCCAAGCAGCGGGCAACCCUGUCCUGGCCGUACAAAUCAACCAGGAUAAGAACUUCGCCUUCCUCGAGUUCCGAUCAGUAGAUGAAACCACACAGGCGAUGGCUUUCGAUGGGAUCAUAUUUCAAGGGCAGUCGCUGAAAAUACGUCGUCCACAUGACUACCAACCGCUUCCGGGGAUGUCUGAAAAUCCCUCUGUCUAUGUUCCAGGUGUGGUGUCCACUGUUGUCCCUGACUCCCCCCACAAGCUCUUCAUUGGUGGCUUGCCGAACUACCUUAACGAUGACCAGGUUAAAGAGCUGCUGACGUCGUUCGGACCCCUCAAGGCCUUUAACCUCGUAAAGGACAGUGCCACUGGCCUCUCCAAGGGCUAUGCCUUCUGUGAAUAUGUGGACAUUAACGUGACAGAUCAGGCCAUCGCAGGGCUUAACGGCAUGCAGCUUGGAGAUAAGAAGCUCAUCGUCCAGCGGGCCAGUGUCGGGGCGAAGAACGCCACGCCGAACACAAUAAACCAGACUCCAGUCACCCUCCAAGUGCCGGGGCUGGUGUCGACACAGGUACAGAUGGCGGGCAUGCCCACCGAGGUUCUGUGUCUCAUGAACAUGAUCACGCCCGAGGAGCUCAUUGACGAUGAGGAGUACGAGGAGAUCGUGGAGGACGUCCGCGAGGAGUGCAGCAAAUAUGGCGUGGUCAAGUCUAUCGAGAUCCCCCGGCCCAUUGACGGCCUUGAGGUGCCGGGCUGUGGCAAGAUCUUCGUGGAGUUUGUCUCGAUCCUGGACUGCCAGAAAGCCAUGCAGGGCCUGGCUGGCCGCAAGUUCGCCAACAGAGUGGUGGUGACCAAAUACUGCGAGCCCGAUUGCUACCAUCGCCGCGAUUUUUGGUAGAUCCCCGACUUCUCCCCUCCCCUCCGUUACUGGCUCGAGUCACAGUCUGUCUGUCAUUUUUGUAAGGAUCUCCAUCCUGCUUCUGUUAAUACACCCCCCCCCAUGAUUGUCUCCCUCUCUAUCCCCCCCUUCUCUCUCUCCCCAUCUAUUUUGUAAGCCAUGUCGUGGGGGUAGAGGAGGGUGGGGGGAACUUCUGUGUGUAGCAGGCAGCCGAGGUUCUCCCAGUGCCCCCCCCCCCCAAAUUGUCUGUGAUUCGUUCCAGGUUGGGAAGUGGGAAGGAGGGAGCUGAGGGGUAGAAACCCAGUGUUAAAGCUGGGGAUGUGGGGGAGUUUGUGGGGAGAUCUGAGAUUAAGGUGUUACAUUUUCUUCACCCCUCUCUCUCUCCUCCCCCAGAGAGACAUGUUCCUUUGGGACAGUGUCUCUUCUCCCCCCACAAUAACCUGUACACCCUCAGCUGGCAAGGGGUCGUGGGAGAAUGAGAGGAGGCGGGGUGCGAGAUGUUGAAAUGGCUGGGGGGGGGGUGGCGCAGAGCGAGGCAGAAGGGUGUGCGAAGGUGCGUUUUCUGUUUUUACUGAUUCAUAAUAAAAUCAACAAUCUGUUUGAACUCUCCUUGUUUAUGUCAGUGAGCAGCCUGCACAGCUCUGUGCGUGAGUGUGUGUCUGUGAGAGAGAGAGAUAAAGGCGAGUCUCAUCUUCCCCAGGUGUGAAAACUGUGCCCAGCAAGUU